UUUGGCCAGAGUCAGAUUGUUUUUUGCGGCGGAGCGAGAGCGCGAGCGAGUCGCGCACUCCUGAUAUGUGAUUUCUAUUCGAUGGAGCUGCAGACGCUGGAGGAAGCGGUGCACGCAGCGACCAAGUCCCAAGUGCCCAUUUCCACGCUCGACGACGGCUAUGGCUCCUCCAGCAGCUCACCACACAACACAACAGCGACGUUCCAGUACGGGGCCGCCCGGAGCAAAGCCGGGAGGAUGACCGCGGCCCAGGAAGAGACGACGACAGCCGUGCAGGAGGACAAAGAGUGCCCGCCUAGCAAAAGGCUGCUCGAGGUGCGGCAGGAUAAGAGUGGUGCCGUCGAGACCAAAGUUAUUACACUUGACUUGAAGGCGCCGGACGAAGAGCCUGAGCGAGAAACAUGGAGUUCCAACGCAGACUUUUUGCUCUCGAUCAUCGGCUUCGCGGUCGACCUGGCCAACGUGUGGCGAUUCCCCUACCUCUGCUACCGCAACGGAGGAGGUGCAUUUCUAAUUCCCUACACCCUGAUGCUGAUAUUUGGCGCGGUGCCAUUGUUCUACAUGGAGCUCAUUCUCGGACAGUUCAACCGCCAAGGACCAGUCAGCGUCUGGAAAAUCUGUCCUCUCUUCAAAGGAGUGGGUCUGUGCGCCGUGAUGGUGGCGUUUUUCGUGUCGUUUUACUACAACGUAAUCAUCGCAUGGGCGCUGUACUUUUUCGUGGCCAGCACGGCGACCAAUUUGCCCUGGCUUGACUGCAACAACACGUGGAACACAGCAAACUGCUCACAGGGAGAGAACAGGUCGCUCACCCUGGACACCGACUCGGCUGCCUCUCAGUAUUUCCAUCGGGGCGUGCUGGAAAUGCAGUACAGCAACGGCCUGCAGGACAUUGGAGUGCCCAAGUGGCAGCUGGCUCUGUGCGUGUUUGUGGUCUACUCGGCGCUCUACCUGUCGCUCUUCAAAGGGGUCAAAUCUUCAGGCAAGGUCGUGUGGAUAACGGCAACUUUUCCCUACAUCGUGCUGAGCAUUUUGCUGAUUCGAGGGCUCUCGCUGCCUGGCGCCUACAUGGGCAUUUCGUAUUACCUCAGCCCCAAACUGUCAUUGCUGAAAGAGACGAGGGUUUGGGUGGACGCAGCAGUACAAAUAUUCUUCUCGGUGGGGGCUGGAUUUGGCGUCCACUUGUCCUAUGCCAGCUACAAUAAUUUUCAUAACAACUGCUUCAGGGACUGUCUCGUGACGACCGCCGUCAACUGCUUCACCAGUUUUUUCUCGGGCUUCGUCAUUUUCACGUACCUCGGAUUCAUGGCCGAAAAGCACUCGACUCACAUCAGUGCGGUUGCAACAGAAGGACCUGGGCUGGUUUUCCAGGUGUACCCUGAAGCGAUCGCAACCCUGCCAGGGUCGCACAUAUGGUCAAUGCUCUUCUUUUUCAUGCUCAUCAUGCUCGGACUGGACAGCGGGAUGGGCGGCAUGGAGUGCGUCAUCACCGGACUGAUGGACGAGUUCAAAGGGUUCUUUCACGGUCGCAAGUACGCGCGCGAGAUUUUUACCCUGUUUGCGGUUUCGCUGUCCUACUGCGUCGCUUUGGUCAACGUCACGCCGGGUGGCAUCUACAUGUUCCACUUGUUUGACACGUACGCCGCAGGCAUUUCUCUGCUCUGCUCGGCGCUCUUUGAGUGUGUCGCAGUCUCGUGGUUUUACGGUUUGGAAAAGCUCUCAAAGGACGUUGAAGCGAUGCUGGGAUUCAGGCCCGGACUGUACUGGCGCGUUUGUUGGAAAUUCAUCAGCCCCUCCUUCCUGAUAGGAAUCAUUCUGUUCGGCCUGCUGUACCACGAACCACUCAAGUACAUGGACUACUCGUACCCAACGUGGGCAGAGUGGCUCGGCUGGGGCAUCGCCACUUCAUCCAUCCUCAUGAUUCCGAUAGUUGCAGUCUUUCAAAUCGCCAAGUCGCCCGGCACUCUCAAGGAGAGAAUAGCAUUGAGCAUUACACCGGAGGACGAACACGAGGAGAUGAAGAGAACAUUCAAAGUGAGGCGUUUUGAGAAGGAGCACUGGUUUUACGUCUAAAAAUAAGACACAAACUUUUGGUUCCAUUGUGGCCAACUCGUUUCUAAGUAUAACGACGAAAGGCGUAUUAAAUGAAAAAUGUGGUGAACACGGCAAAAAGGCUCACGGCACGAUGUACCAUAGCUACUAAUUUCUACUUAUUUUGCAGUGCUCGUAGUAGUUUGUCAAUUAUUACACACGCGUCAAGCUGGAACCUUCCUCUUGGUUAUUGGGAUUUUUUGCGUACUUUGUGACGGCGCACUCGCAAACCGCAAACUAACAUUUUAUUCUCAGCAGCGCCACAAAAACUUCUUGUCGCAGAAACCGCAGAGGCGCUUGAUGAGCGGAAAGCUCUUUUUGUUUCUGUUCGGAAUGCUCCACCACAGUAAUUGUUUCUUGGAACUGCUAUACAUACGCACGUAGCCGAGAAUUUGGCUGUUUGGAGCAUACGAUUCGAGUGGCCCAAAAUGUGUAAAAAAUGCGUUAGAAGGGACACUGAAGCUGGCGCCACGGUAAUCAAAAUUUUUCGCAAAUAAGUUGCUAAAGUAAACAUAUCUGAUUGAAUUUUCCUAUAAAUGAGCAAAAAUAAUACAACAACACGAACGGAGAGACAACAACAUCAAGACUUUGAAAAUGGACAUUCUCAUGUAAGAACUGUCUGAAUGUUUGGGAAAAUGCAUUUUUGAAAAAUUUUCAGUCAAUGAGGUCAUUUACAUUUUUUAAAUAAUCUCAGAAAAUUCUUUUCGAUAUUCAAGUAAAAUAUAAUUUAUUUUAAAAUUAUUAAGUACUGAUUUUUACGCUUGGUUCAUCUGUUGAAAAAAGUAUUAUGGGUAUAGUAAUAAAAAGUUCAACUGCAAAUUUAUUUCAAAUCUUGCUCUGCAGAGCUAAAUCAGUUACUAAUAAAUAGGAACCAACUAUUUCGUGAAAACCGUAUCGAGAGUUUAUAGUACAUAUAUGGUGCUAAAUAACUAUUUCUAUUAGAUUUCUUGGCAUUCCUUAAUCUCGAAAUGCAAAUUUCAGCGAGAGGUGAGCAGUGAAUGAUAUAACUUGUUGAUAAGUGAGACGCGCGUGUCUGAAUUGAAGCAGUUUGUAAUAUCAAUAUAGUGCGUAGUUAAUUAUGGUUUCACUACACUUGAAGGAUGUUUCAUCUUGGCUGGGGCAGCCACUUAGCCAAGUUGCAAAGAUUCGUCAUCGCUGGCGUGAUUACAUAGUCGUAUCUUAUUAAUAUCCUAUCUGCAGUGUAUGAAAUGAUGUGGUUCUCAGCAUUUUUUAAGUACAAAAGCUCUUACACUCAAUACAUCUUUCCUAAAUUAAUAAUCAAACUAGAAUAGCUUAUUAGCAGUCCAUAAUAUAAUACAGAACUAUUUAUUAAUAUUAAAGUAUAAUAUGCAUUAGAUCGCUGGUGUUUAUCUAAUGUUUUAGAUGGUAAAUGAAGAGAAAAAAUAAUUGUGGCGAGAAGGAAUUCCACUUCUGGGAGAUAUAUUGUUGCUUUUCCAGCGCCAAUCUUAGAGGUGCCAAUUAACAAAUUGCAUUUAAAUAUUCGCGUGUGAGAAGUCUCGCUGGCAGGUUCUGUGUUGGCUUUUCAGAAACUGCAUGCCUGAGUGUGUUGAUAUGAAAAAUUGUUUGACAAGAAGGAUCAAAUAAUCUUUAGCAGUGUCUGCUUAAGACGAGUAAGCCAAUCAAAGAAAAGUAGAUUUUUUGUUUCUCAACUAAUAAUCACUUACGCAGUUGGAAAAAAAAUGUAUGUUAAGAUUGUGUAUUAAUAGUUAAUAAAUAUUGUUAUAGAAAAUA